UGAGAGUUUAAGCUUGCGGAUAUUGCAAAGGGUUAUUAGAUUCAUAAGUCACACCAAGUGGUGGGCGAUCCACUGAGCAAAGCCGAACUUCUCACAUGAUGACUUCAAACAAGACACAUUACCUUCCAGCAUCUGUUGGAGAGACGAGAUUUUAAGACACUUGAGUCUCCAGGACAGCAAAGGCACAAUGUUCCACCAGGUGAGAAGAGUGAUGACCAUCCUUUUCCUUACUAUGGUUAUUUCAUACUUCGGUUGCAUGAAGGCUGCGCCCAUGAAAGAAGCAAAUGUCCGAGGACAAGGUAGCUUGGCUUACCCAGGUGUGCGGACCCAUGGGACUCUGGAGAGCCUGAAUGGGCCCAAGGCAGGUUCGCGGGAUCUGGCGGCAUUGGCUGACACUUUUGAACACGUGAUCGAAGAGCUCUGGGAUGAGGACCCGAAAGUUCGACCGCAUGAAGAAAACAAUAAGGACGCGGACAUGUACACAUCCAGGGUGAUGCUCAGCAGCCAAGUGCCUUUGGAGCCCCCUCUGCUCUUCCUGCUCGAGGAAUACAAAAAUUACCUGGACGCUGCAAACAUGUCCAUGAGGGUCCGGCGCCACUCGGACCCGGCCCGCCGCGGGGAGCUGAGCGUGUGUGACAGCAUCAGCGAGUGGGUCACAGCGGCGGAUAAAAAGACUGCAGUGGACAUGUCCGGAGGGACAGUCACGGUCCUGGAAAAGGUCCCUGUAUCCAAAGGCCAACUGAAGCAAUAUUUCUACGAGACCAAGUGUAAUCCCAUGGGUUACACCAAAGAAGGCUGCAGAGGCAUAGACAAAAAACACUGGAACUCGCAGUGCCGAACUACCCAGUCGUACGUACGGGCCCUCACUAUGGAUAGCAAAAAGAGGAUUGGCUGGCGGUUCAUAAGGAUAGACACUUCCUGUGUAUGUACAUUGACCAUUAAGAGGGGAAGAUAGUGGAUUUAUGUUGUAUAGAGUAUAUGGAGACAAAAAUUAUCUAUUUGUAUAUAUACAUAACAGGGUAAAUUAUUCAGUUAAGAAAAGAAUAAUUUUAUGAACUGCAUGUAUAAAUGAAGUUUAUACAGUACAGUGGUUCUACAAUCUAUUUAUUGGACAUAUCCAUGAGCAGAAAGGAAACAGUCAUUUGCGCACAACUUUAAAAAAAAAAAAAGUCUGCAUUACAUUCCUCGAUAAUGUUGUGGUUUGUUGCCGUUGCCAAGAAUUGAAAACAAAAAGUUUAAAAAAAAUAAUAAAUUGCAUGCUGCUUUAAUUGUGAAUUGAUAAUAAACUGUCCUCUUUCAAAAAAAAAAAACACAAA